AUGAAGUAUUUCCGGGUCUCGAGUUUAGAUCAUUUUGGUCCGGGUCGCGGAAAGAACCAACGCCGUCUCCCGUCUCCGGUGUCUUCUCUCGACUUUCCUUCCCUUUGUUUUCGUUUUUUCCUUUCCUUUCCCUCCCUUCGAACUUCGAAGGCUUCACUCUUUCAGAACCCUAACCGCGCGGUCCGAGCCGUCCGUUCGCUCUUCGAGGUCGACCGUCGACUGGUUCAAUUUCCGGGCAGGUCGAAGUUCGAACUGAUUCUGAUUUCUGACUCUCUGAGCAGGCUUGUCAGAUCAAGAACGACCUCGGAGGAAAACAAAAUGGCGUACCAAGGGGGUAACUUGAAGUCGACCUCCAUAAAUGGAGUGAAAUUGUACACAGUAUCCGGCAAUCAUCGCACCGCCACCUGGCUUUCUCCCAAGAAGCAAAGGGCUCUCCGUAAAAAUCCAGACUAUCAGCGAAGAGUGGAUUUGAUACAGGAUCUGAGGUUUGAAACUGCAACAACUAGAAUUAAGGCGACCCCUGAUGGCGAGUAUCUUAUAGCCUCAGGCAUUUACCCUCCACAAAUCAAAGUAUAUGAGUUGAGGGAACUAUCUUUGAAGUUUGAAAGACAUUUUGUAUCCGAGAUCAUUAAUUUUCAGGUAUUGGAUGAUGAUUAUUCUAAGAUUGCAUUUCUCUGCGCUGAUCGCUCUGUCUGUCUCCAUGCUAAAUAUGGAAGUCACUACAGUUUAAGAAUCCCAAGGAUGGGAAGAGACAUUGCAUAUGAUUGCUGGUCGUGUGACAUAAUUUGUGCUGCUUCUUCUCCAGAUCUAUACAGGAUAAAUCUAGAACAGGGCCGUUUCCUCUCCUCACUAAACACACAAUCCCCAACUUUAAAUGUGGUGUCUCGCAGCGACGUUCAUGGAUUAGUUGCUUCUGGUGGUGAGGAUGGAGCUGUGGAAUGUUUUGACAUGAGAACGAGAUCUUCAGUUGGGAGGAUAAAUAUAGUUGCAUCUGCCGUUGACAUUGAUGAGGAGGUUACUGCGAUUGAGUUUGGCGGGAAACAUGGUUAUUUCAUGGCUGUUGGAAGUAGUGGUGGAAAGGUUCUGAUUUAUGAUUUGCGCAAAUCUAAUCCUGUGCGAGUGAAGGAUCAUAUGUAUGGCACCCCUAUACUGAACAUUAAGUGGCAUAAAACCCUAAACUCUGAGAGAGAAAAAUUAAUCACUACUGAUAAACACACAGUCAGGAUUUGGGAUUCUGAAACUGGAGAAGGCAUGACUAGCAUCGAGCCUGCUGGUGGGAAAAUUAAUGAUUUGUGCGUCUUCAAAGAAAGUGGGUUGAUGUUGUUGGCUCUAGACAGCAGCCAAAUACCAUCUUACUAUAUACCAGACCUUGGACCCGCUCCAAAGUGGUGCUCUUAUUUGGAGAACUUAACGGAGGAGCUCGAGGAGAAUGCACAGACUACUAUUUAUGAUGAUUACAAAUUUUUGACAAAAGAAGACCUUGCGAAACUGAACUUAACUAAUUUGAUUGGUACCAAUCUUCUAAGAGCCUACAUGCAUGGCUUCUUUAUUGACUACCGGCUGUACAAAAAGGCAAAAGAUUUGGCAGAUCCUUUUGCUUAUGAAUCUUAUAUAGAGAAGCGGAAACAGGAAAAAUUGGAAGCUUUACGUGCCUCUCGAAUUACGCUCAAGAAGAGGCUGCCAAAAGUUAAUCGGAAUCUGGCAGCCCGACUUCUUGAAGAAGAAGAUGCUCAAACUGAAAACAUGGAAACUGAUGGCAUUGAUACUCAGAAAACAUCUGAUGUCAAGAAAACAUCAAAGAAAAAGAAAGGUCUCACCAGUGAAGUUCUCAAAGACGAGCGGUUCACAGAGAUGUUUGAGAAUAAGGACUUUGAAAUUGAUGAAUUCUCACAAGAAUAUUUGGCUUUACACCCGAACAUAUCCACAAAUAAACCGUCUUUGCUCGAGCAGCAUUUUGACCCUGUCAUGGAAGAGGAGGACCAAGGUAUUAGUGCUUCUGAUGUGAGUGAAUCAUCAGAAGCUGAGGAUGCCAUUGACAACACUGCGUCCAGGAAAUCACGAGUUCCAAGAUUCUAUGAAAUGAAGGAUGGGCGACAUGCAGAAGCAUUUUCGAAGGGUGUAUCUCUUGUGGAGGAGUUUUCUCUUCCAAUGGGAGAGAGGGUGGCAAAAGAGCAGCAACGAGCUUCAUAUGCUUCAAAGCAUGAUGUCAAGAUAGUCGGAGGGGGGUCACGGGAAAUUUCUUUUAAUCCUAGAAGCUCCAAAAAAUACGUGGAGGACGAUGAGGAUAAGGAAAUGCGACGUGGGAAGAGGGGAGUACAAUCAUUGAAUCUAAAAGACGGGUCUGGUUUUCGUGGCCGUGGAAGAGGAGGGGGCUUUCGUGGGAGAGGAAGAGGCAGAGGAAGAGGACGAGGGCGAGGACGAGGACGUCAGUGA